UUUGGGAGAGAAUUUAUCGUAUUUUGAAAUAAGGUCAGGCUACAAAAAUAUCAGUUUAGAAGAAUUCCAAAAAAAAAUUUUUUUAAUUUCCAGACUAGCCACCUUGACAUUCCCUCACUUCGUUCAUUUUGUUCAAGUCAGGAUGUAUCCGAUUUUGCAAAAUCAUUGGGGGAAUAUAUCGCAGAAAUGGAUUAUGUCCCUAUACCAAUCAGCAGCAAUAUUACAACUUGGUUUUUACUUGCUGUUUUUAUCUUUGUAGGGCUUUCAGGAUUUGUUGGAAAUCUGUUAACUGUUAUGGUAAUACAUCGAAACCCUUCAUUUCAUUCCCAAACCAACUACUUUUUAGCUAGUUUAGCUAUAUCAGAUCUUCUUUUAAUACUCGUUGGUGUCCCCUUUGAUGUUUUCUUUUUAUGGAAGUCCAGAUUUAUUACUUCACCUUUUAAUGGAUUUUGUGAAAUAACAAGCACCUUUAUUAGCUGGUUCACCUUCAAUUCAAUUCUCACUAUUGUCAGUCUCACCUGGGAAAGAUUGGUGGCUAUUUGCUACCCUUUCAGUCUGAAACCUUUUUUCCAUCGAGAUGCUGUGAUUUGGUUAAUUAUCAUUAUUUGGUUCAUUUCAUUCUUCCCAUCAUUAUUCAUUGGUUUGCAGUUCAAGCUUGUAAUACAGGAUUUUUGUGGUCAUACACAUGUACAUUCAAAUGGAUUAGGCAGCAAAUGCGAUUUUGUUGGUUGGAGUGGAAAUUAUGGAAGUGGAGAAAAUUAUACUUUUGAGGUGAAGAAGUUGAAAAUUAAAAUUGGGAUGAAAAUCAAAUAUUACUUCAGCCCGAGUUGUAGUUGUAGAGAUGAAAAUCAAAGAGGGCUAUCUUCCGCUUUUCUAGAUGUGGCACUAAUGUAUCGGGGUCUUUUAGUUCAUAAUACCCUGAACCUUAUUCGGCAUGGCUCAUCCCUAAUGCAUUUUAUGUAUAUACAGAUGUGCACUAGGGAAUAA